AUGAUGAAGCCAAACACACCCUAAACCUUUCACAUAAUUUUCGAGUGUGUGUAUUUAUUGGAUGUGUUACACGUGUAGAAAAUUGUGUACGUGUGACAACAUAGUCUUUUGUUCCAAAAUUAAUUAUUAGCUGUUUUAUUUUGUUUUUUUUUUAUAUAAAUAUUUAAAUAUUUUUGAGUGGUCCAACAGCUGAAACCACCAAACAGCAUACUAAUUUUUAUUUAUUUUAUUUUUCAAAAUAAAAAUUGCUCAAAAAAAAAUAAAUAUACAGUGAUUUUACAGAACUGAUUCUCUAUACCUGUAUCCAAUUUAGGGUUUUUUUAAGGAAAAAAAGAAGAAAGAUUUGAUUUUUCUGCAAUUUGUGGAACCAAAAAUGGGGGGGCGCCCAAAUUGUUGUCACAUAUCCUUAGCUUUCGUUCUCAAAUUCCUCAAUUUUCUUCAAGCUUUCGUCGGUAUCUCCAUAAUACUCUACUCCUUAUGGAUGGUCGAUCAAUGGUACAAUCACAUCCCUAUAAACCCACCACCACCACCUUUGGCUCCUUCGCCCCAAGUUUCUGAACAAAUCGCUCCGUUUAAGCUCGCUUUCGAUUUGGUUUCUGGAUUCGAUCGCAGUUUAUUGCUUAAUUUGCACUCCCUUGAUCUUCCAGCACCUUGGUUCAUCUACUCUUUCAUGGGAGUGGGGAUUCUUUUGUGCUGUAUUACUUGCAUAGGUUGCAUUGCAGCUGAAGCAAUUAAUGGCUGCUGCCUAUGUUUUUACACUUCUCUUAAACUUGUGUUUAUUCUACUAGAAGCUGCUUUGGUGGCAUUUAUUGCAAUUGAUCGACGUUGGGAAAAGGAUCUUCCAUAUGACCCAACUGGUGAACUUCAAAGUCUUCGAGCUUUUGUUGAACAGAAUAGUGACAUUUGCAAGUGGAUUGGCAUUGUUGUGAUUACAGUACAGGCACUGUCGUUGCUACUAGCAAUAAUUCUAAGAGCUAUGGUUUCUACUCGAAAAGCUGACGAUGAUUUAGAAGAUGAUUAUGAUGUUAGGGGUAGAACUCGGGAGCCACUGUUAAAUUCACAGUCUCGCCAAGCAUCUGGAUCGUCCAAGGUUGAUGGAAGAGGGAGUCAUUCAGACACAUGGAGCUUGCGUAUGAGAGAUAAGUAUGGAUUGAACUCGAGUGAAAAGUCUAAUGCACCGAAUACAAAUUAAAGACGAGCAGUGAUGAUAUUGGAAGGUUUACUGCGGGGGUGAAAACGUGUAGCAACGCUACUCAUAUUUUCUUCAAAUUCCCGCUGACUACAGACGACAGAAAGAGUAUAUAAUAUUUAUCACUGUUAGCUUGUUUAUAUUUGUUACUUUCCUAAGCUCAUCUUUAAUCCUGCUCCUGUUCUUUUCAUGGUGUCAUUAUGUAUAUAGGUCUGAUCCAAACAAAAACGUAUGUUUCUCAAAACUCUAAUGUCUUCUGUUCAAUUGGGAGUUUUUGUAAUGUGUAAGGAAACUAAUAUCAUUGAUUGUAAAAUGAAGUUUUGUAUUCAAUUUUCUUUAAGAGAA